AUGCCGGUGUUUCAUACCAAGACCAUUGAGAGUAUCCUGGAGCCGGUGGCCCAGCAGAUCUCCCACCUGGUCAUCAUGCACGAGGAAGGGGAGGUGGAUGGGAAAGCCAUCCCGGAUCUGACUGUGCCAGUAGCUGCGGUGCAGGCGGCAGUCAGCAACCUUGUCCGGGUCGGAAAGGAGACUGUGCAGACGACCGAGGAUCAAGUGAUGAAGAGGGACAUGCCGCCUGCCUUCAUCAAGGUGGAAAACUCCUCCUCCAAGCUGGUCCAAGCCGCUCAGAUGCUGAAGGCAGACCCAUACUCAGUCCCUGCUCGAGAUUACCUGAUUGAUGGCUCCAGGGGAAUCCUCUCUGGGACCUCUGACCUGCUGCUCACCUUUGACGAGGCGGAGGUAAGAAAGAUAAUCCGUGUGUGCAAAGGAAUCCUGGAGUACCUAAGUGUAGCAGAGGUUGUAGAGACCAUGGAGGACCUCAUUACUUACACCAAGAACCUCGGACCAGGGAUGACUAAAAUGUCGAAGAUGAUUGAUGAAAGACAUCAGGAGCUGACCCACCAGGAGCACAGGCAGAUGCUCAUGACCUCCAUGAAUACAGUGAAAGAACUGCUGCCUGUCCUCAUUUCAGCUAUAAAGAUCUUUGUCGCCACCAAGACGAGUCGAGGAGCAGGAGUGGAGGAGGCUGAACGCAACCGAAAGUUUACAUUUGAAAAGAUGAGCACAGAAAUUACAGAGAUUAUCAGAGUACUCCAUCUGACGACCUGGGACGAAGAUUCCUGGGCCAACAAGGAUAUGGAGGCUUUGAAGAGAUGUCUGGCUGUAAUUGAGUCAAAGAUGGCUCAAGCUAAAGCCUGGCUGAAAGAUCCUCAUGGACAGCCUGGUGACCCUGGCGAGGUUGCUCUUCGCGUCAUACUGGAUGAGGCCGGGAAAGUCGGGGAGCUUUGUGCCGGAAAAGAGAGGAAAGAUAUUUUAGCCACUGCAAAAGCUCUGGGACAGAUGAGUGACCAGGUUGCUGAUCUGAGAGCCAGAGGCCAAGGGCAGACGCCUGGAUGUGUGCAGCGGGCCGGUCAGUGCUCUCAAGGCUUAGACUUGUUAUUUGGCAAAGUGGACAAUGCUGCACGCAGACUAGAAGCACUUAUCAAUGCAAAACAGGCCAUUGCCAGGAGACUGGAUGCUGCACAGGCUUGGCUUGCUGAUCCUCACGGGGGUCCAGAGGGAGAGGAAAAUAUCCGGGCGCUGUUAGCUGAGGCUAAACGCAUCGCUGAUCUGUGUGAAGACCCCAAAGAGAGAGACGACAUCCUGCGCUCCAUCAGUGAGAUUGCAGGCCUCACUGCCAGACUCGUGGAGCUCAGGAAACAGGGCAAAGGGGACACCCCAGAGGCUCGGGCCCUCGCUAAGCAGAUUGGAGCAGCAUUGCUAACCCUACAGUCCAAAACCAACCGAGCGGUGGCCAACAUGAGGCCGGCGAAGGCUGCAGUCACGUUGGAAGGCAAGAUGGAACAAGCUCUGCGCUGGGCGAACAACCCUGGAGUGGACGACAGAGGAGUAGGUCAGGCAGCGAUCAGAGGCAUGGUGGGAGAGGGAAAGAGGCUGGCAGGGGGCUUGUUGGGUCCUUAUAGACAGGACAUGUUGGGGCGCUGUGACCGGACAGAAGCACUGAUGGGGUCUCUAGCUGAUAUGGCAAACCGGGGAGAGGCUGAGGCACCACACGCACGUGCAACAGCGGCUCAGCUUCAGGACAGUCUGAAGGACCUCAGACAGCACAUGCAGGACGUGAUGACCCAGGAGGUUUCAGAUGUUUUCAGUGACACUACCACCCCUGUGAAACUUCUUGCUGUUGCUGCAACUGCCCCUCCUGAUGCCCCCAACCGAGAGGAGGUUUUUGAAGAGCGGGCAGGGAACUUUGAAGCCCACGCAGGUCGGCUUGGGGCAACAGCAGAAAAGGCUGCUGCUGUGGGCACAGCCAAUAGGAGCACUGUGGAGGGUAUUCAUGCUGCAGUCAAACACGCCAGGGAACUCACUCCACAGGUAACUUCUGCUGCUCGUAUUUUGUUGAAAAAUCCUGGAAACAAAGCUGCAUAUGAACACUUUGAUACAAUGAAAAACCAAUGGAUUGACAAUGUAGAGCGGCUCACUGGUCUUGUGGAUGAAGCUAUAGACACAAAGUCCCUUUUGGACGCAUCAGAGGAAGCGAUAAAGAAGGACAUUGACAAGUGCAGAGUCGCUAUGGCCAAUGUUCAGCCUCAAAUGCUUGUUGCUGGGGCUACGAGCAUUGCAAGGCGAGCUAACCGCGUUCUGUUAGUGGCCAAAAGAGAAGUAGAAAACUCUGAAGAUCCUCGGUUCAGAGACACAGUGAAGCACGCCUCAGAUAUCCUCUCUCACACCAUCUCCCCAAUGGUGAUGGACGCCAAGGCUGUGGCUGGGAACAUACAGGACAAAGCUCUACAGAAAGCAUAUCUAGACUCUUGUUUGCGGAUCCUGGCUGCAGUGGGAAAAGUCAGAGAAGCCUUCCAGCCACAGGAGCCCGAGUUCCCUCCUCCACCGCCAGAUCUCGACCAGCUCCAUGUGGUGGAUGACCAGGCCCCGCCAAAGCCCCCUCUGCCAGAAGGAGAAGUGCCGCCGCCUCGCCCCCCUCCUCCUGAAGAGAAAGAUGAGGAGUUUCCAGAGCAGAAGAUUGGGGAGGUGGUUAGCGAGCCCAUGAUGGUAGCAGCGAGACAGCUGCACGAUGAAGCUCGCAAGUGGUCAAGCAAGCCUGAGGAUGAGGAGGCAGGAGAAGAGAGGGAAGUAGAUGAGGAAGAUGAUUUUACUGAUGGUGAGGAUGACUAUGAACCAGAGCUGCUGAUGAUGCCUUCCAACCAGCCAGUCAAUCAACCCAUUCUGGCAGCCGCCCAGGCUCUGCAUCAGGAGGCCCGCAAGUGGUCCAGCAAGGGUAAUGACAUUAUUGCUGCAGCCAAAAGAAUGGCUCUGCUGAUGGCAGAAAUGUCUCGCCUGGUGCGUGGUGGAAGUGGAAACAAACGAGCCCUGAUUCAAUGUGCAAAAGACAUUGCUAAAGCUUCAGACGAAGUAACCCGACUGGCUAAAGAGGUGGCCAAACAGUGCACUGACAGACGCAUCCGGACCAACCUGCUGCAGGUCUGCGAGCGCAUCCCGACCAUAAGUACGCAACUGAAGAUCCUCUCAACCGUUAAAGCGACGAUGUUGGGGCGAACUAAUAUCAGCGAAGAGGAGUCUGAACAGGCCACAGAGAUGUUGGUGCAUAACGCCCAGAACCUCAUGCAGUCUGUGAAGGAGACUGUCAGAGAAGCAGAAGCCGCCUCCAUCAAGAUCCGCACAGACGCAGGCUUCACCCUUCGCUGGUCAGUAAGAAACAACGGGACUUAA